AUGCGUCUGGCUCCGAUCCUACUCUCGAUGGUGGCAGUAUCAUCUGCUGCCCCGUCAAACAUCUUCAACAACAUCUACGACUUCUCAGACGAGCUAGCAGAGUUCUAUGGCAAAGUCAGCAAAUACAUCGACGAUGUGAGACACAAUGUGACACCAUCUGCUACCUGCGACACAUCCAAGAUCUCGCUGCCGUCUUUUGCCUCGGGUCUUCCCAGCCCGGAUGGAGCGACGCCCAUGUAUGUUGCACUCGGAAGAGGCACACAAAACUACACUUGUGCGGAUUCCACGUCUAGCUCUACCCCGGUGGCCAUCGGGGCUGUCGCCAGCCUCUAUAAUGCCACGUGCAUUGCCGCCAACUACCCAGAUCUCAUGGAGAUGCUACCCAACAUUGCCUACAAGAUCGCUCUCCCGGCAAACGAGUAUGCUUCAAUGCCUCCAGCCAAUAUUCAGCUGAUGGGCCACCACUUCUUCUAUGACUCCACCACUCCAGAGUUCAAUCUGGACACUACCGCCAUCAAGCAAUAUGGUGUUGCCAUGACGAAGAAGCAGAGUCAGCUCAAUGCUCCUUCGAGUGCAGCCAAGGGCGAGAAUGGGGCCGUUGCCUGGCUGUACCUUACCACGACCACUGGUACCGUUGGCGAGUACAAGAAGGUCUACCGAGUCAACACUGCCUCUGGGUCUCCACCAGACACCUGUAAGGGCAUGCCAUCUGCAUUCGAGGUCCAAUAUGCCGCGAACUACUAUUUCUUUGGGAACUAG